UUCUUUUCUUUUUUUCCAUUCCAGAACUCCAAACUCAAAACAGCAACCGAUUGGUUAUCCAUACUAAGGAGAAUAUUUACCUCUCUAACCCUCCCCCCUCCCGUUCUAUUUCACCUAAUCCCGUCUCGCCCCCCUCCAAAAAACAGGGCCCAAAACCGCAAACCCUCGCUUUCUCCGAUCGAAUUGCUCGCCCGAGCACCACCAGUUCGCCGGCCUCCCCACCACCAGUCGCCUCCCCGCGCCGGAUGAUCUAGGCCUCUCGCCCCGCCCGUGCCGAUUUCGCCCCCACCUCCGAGCUCUCGCGCGACGCCGUGGCCAUGUCGCUCACCUGAGGAUACGGUUGGUGGGCUGUUUCUUGCAAGAGCCUCCUCCGAGUCCCAAGAGAAACAGCCCGGGGGACGUGAGUUGCUGAUUCGAUCGCCGCAGCGCCCAAGUCAAGCAAGCGGUGUGGUGGUUCCGUCUAGGUUCGGUUUAGCUUGGAGGCGAAGGCUCCGUUUUGCAUCUGAGGAGGAGGAGGAGUGGUGGUUGUAGCGUGUGCGAGCCGUUGGUGUCGGCUUGAUGCGGAACGGCGCGCAGGCUCCUCGCGGCAGCGGCGGCGGGGGCGUUGGGUUAUUCUCGGCGCGGUCGCUGUCCAGCUACAUGCGGAUCAUGUCUUCAGGGGCGUCCACGGCCGCAUCCACGCUGCGGUCGGCGGGCGCCUCGCUGGUGAACUCGAUCGCCAGCCACGAGGAGGACGGGAGCCGCGACCAGGUGCAAUGGGCUGGGUUCGAUAAACUUGAAUGUGGGGAUGACAUACUGCGCCAGGUUUUGCUACUAGCAUAUAAAUCUGGCUUCCAAGUAUGGGACGUUGAAUGCGCUGAUGAUGUAAGACAGCUGGAAUCAAGACAUGAUGGAGUGGUUUCUUUCAUGCAACUGUUAAAGAAACCAAUUGCCUCGAAGAAAGGUGAAGACAUAUUUGUAGAUGCACGGCCAGUGCUAGCUCUUGCUGGUGGUGGAACUAGCACAGGAAGUGCUAACAGCCAUGACGCCAAUGGCCCUGGGUUCAACGGAACUAAUGGUAGUUACCAUAAUAUUGGCAGUGAAAAACUGUCUACGGUCCUUCUCUUUUAUUCACUGAAGGACCGUGAUUACAUUCAUACAAAGAAGUUCAGAUCAGCUGUCUAUUCCAUAAGGUGCAGUCCUAGAGUUGUGGCUGUUUCUCAGGCUACCCAGAUACAUUGUUUUGAUGCUGCGACAAUGGAGCUGGACUAUACUCUUCUUACCAGCCCUAUAGUUUCACCAAUCUCAGGUUAUGGCCCUCUUGGAUUAGGUUCUAGAUGGAUAGCAUAUUCUGGGAGUCCAGUUCCAGUUCCAAAUACAGGCCGUGUUAGCCCUCAGCUUCUUAGCAUGUCUCCCAUAGUUCCACCUCCUGGUUCAAACAGCAGUGUGGUGGCAUACUAUGCAAAAGAAUCAAGCAAGCAACUGGCUGCUGGCAUUGUAACGCUUGGUGAUGUUGGAUAUAAGAAGCUGUCCAAGUAUUAUUCAGACUUAGUUCCAAAUGGUAAUAAUGGUACUAUAAAGCAAGCGAAUUCUGGCUUCAAAGCAAAUGGAGUUACAAAUGGGCAUACUAUGGACAAUGAAUAUGCUGGAACGGUUAUUGUUCGAGAUAUUGUCUCUAAAGCAAUGGUAGUUCAGUUCAGGGCACAUACAAGUCCCAUUUCAGCACUCUGUUUUGAUCCCAGUGGAACUCUUCUGGUGACGGCUUCCAUUCAUGGUCGGAACAUCAAUGUUUUCCGCAUUAUGCCUUCUUUAGAUGGUAGUGCGUCUGAAGAUGGUCCCAAUGGUACCUAUGUUCAUUUGUUUAAAUUACAAAGAGGCAUCACCAAUGCGGUCAUAAAAGAUAUCAGCUUUAGCGAUGACAGUGAAUGGAUACUGAUUAGUUCGUCGAGGGGAACAAGUCAUUUUUUUGCAAUAUCUCCAUAUAGUGGAUCCACAAGCUUUCACUAUAGUGACAAUAACCUUGCAGAAAAUAAUUAUUUAAUGGAUUCGUCUGUUAAGCAUGCCACUCAUUGGUCUCAAAACUCAACUCCCUCUCUGAGUCUGAAUCAGAAGAAGCUUUCCGUAUCAGGCCCCGCUGUCACAUUGUCUGUUGUCAGUAGAAUAAGAAAUGGGAGUAACUUGUUGAAGGGUGCUGUCCAUGGUGCUGCAGCAUUUGCAACAGGUGUGUCCAGUCCAAUUUCUGGUGCUAUUGCUUCAACAUUCCACAACUGCAAGGGUGGUGUCCCUAACUCAGAUGGCAGUUUGCUUUGCAUGAAGUAUUAUUUAUUAGUAUUUUCCCCAUCUGGAAGCAUCAUACAGUAUGUUCUCCAUCACUCAGAUGAACAGGAUUCUGGAAUUGAUUUUCCUUCAGAUGCCAUUUCUUAUGGAUCACAAAGAGAAACUGAAACAAAAUUUGUUAUUGAAGCUCUUCAGAAGUGGGAUGUUUGUCAUAAAAGAAAUAGAAGAGACACUGCUGAGAGUUAUCUAUAUAAUGAUUUUGACAAUGGGUUAAAUAGUAAACUUUUCCAGAAAGUCACCAGGAAAGGAACUAGUAUAUACCCAUCCAAUUGUGCUGCUACUGAAAGGCUGAAGCUUAGCGCUGAUGAAAAUCACAAUUAUUAUAUUUCUGAAAGUGAACUGCAGACACAUGUUGUGCAAACUCCGGUUUGGUCAAAAUCUGGGGUACACUUUCAAGUAAUAGUUGGCAGAACUGCAGAAGCAGACAACUCUGAUACAGUUUCUGGGGAGACUGAAAUAGAAAAAGUCUGGACUCGUAAUAUAGAAUCAAGGUCGAAGAAUCUGAUACCGGUCUUUGAAUCUCUUCAUACAUCUAGGUUUCAGCAGCCAAGGGUCAGCACACCUGAUAGUAAGAGAAGUGGAUUGCUGCAGCAACAGAAGUCUGGAUUUUCAGCAGAUGGCAGACUCUCUCGCAGAAGCAGUUGCAGUUCUUUGGAUUGCAUGUCUGAAGUCCCAAAUAGCACAGAUGAUAAUGGUUCCACUCAAUACUUGGUAGAAGAUAGUGCCACUGCUGUAAAUAUGAUUUCAAAUGUUAACCACCAAGCCGAGCUUGUAAAUAAUACUGAGAGCCUUAACCCAGAGGCCCAGCUCGGAUUUGUAAAUAGUAAAGAAGAUUGUGAAGAUAGAGAGCUACUCCCAGACCUGUGAUAGUGGCCGUGAUCAAAGAUGAUUACUGCUGAUGGUCCUGAUGGGGGAGCUUCUUGAAUCGCCAAAGUCUUCCUUGUGCGUGUGUAGCUGUUAUUCUUUCAUUUCUACAUCUGGAGUUCUUGGCCUCUCUUCUAUAGUGUACUACUUAUAGGCAUUCAUGACAAGUUUACCGAUGAAAGAAUGACAGGGAGGUCGAAUUAUGACCCUACGAGUAUGGAAGCUCUAGUGAUGUGAAGUUGGGGUUUCUAUCUGUGCAUAACAAGAUUGAUCAUUGCAUUCUCAAUAAUAGCUCUUAAUUUGUGAAUAUCUAACUGCAUAUGUGUCCGUGCUAGUUGCAACCGGACCAAUAGCACAUGUUAUUCUAUACCUUCUAUGUUGUGCUGUCAAUAGUCCAAAGUCGGACAUGGAGAGAACAGGUUAUCCUGGAGUACCUUUGAUGUCGUUCUGUCAAUAGUCCCAAAGUCAGACAUGGAAUAGCUAUUUUCUA